GGCUCUGACGGAAGAAAGCGGCGAAAGCCAAUGGCGAGAAACGAUGAUGAACCGGAGGUUCAGAGCUCCGGCAAGAGGCUAAAAUGCUCCAAGCACGAUGACGAACAACUCGAAAAUGAAGAAGAAGAAGAAGAAGAGCAAGUGAGCGAGCUUCCAUUGAAGCCUGGCCUGUUCUUUUACCCAAUGACUCCAACUUCCUUCGUGGUCUCCGAUGCUCUUGAGCCCGAAUUCCCCAUCAUCUACGUCAAUAAAGUCUUUGAGAUCUACACCGGAUACCGCGCCGAUGAGGUCCUCGGCCAGAAUUGUCGGUUCUUACAAUAUAGAGAUCCUCGUGCACAAAGGCGUCACCCUUUGGUAGAUCCGGUGGUUGUUUCUGAAAUCAGAAGAUGCCUUGAAGAAGGUGUUGAAUUCCAAGGUGAACUUCUCAAUUUCAGAAAGGACGGCACCCCUAUGGUGAAUAGGCUAAGGCUUGCACCCAUACAUGAUGAUGAUGGCACCGUAACACACAUUAUAGGAAUUCAAGUGUUUUCUGAGACAAAGAUAGACCUUAAUCGGUUGUCGUAUCCUGUUUUCAAAGAAACUUGCGCCAAAAAGUAUGAUCUAUCGGGCAAAAGUGCUCAUCUGAUUGAUCAACCACCUUUUAGUCAGCAUAAAGAAAUCUGUUGGAUACUGCAGCUUUCAGAUGAAGUCUUGGCCCAUAACAUUUUAUCGCGCUUGACACCAAGAGAUGUUGCAUCUAUUGGAUCAGUUUGCCGAAGGACUCGUCAAUUGACAAAGAAUGAGCACUUAAGGAAGAUGGUAUGUCAGAAUGCAUGGGGAAGAGAAGUGACUGGAACAUUGGAACAAAUGACAAAGAAACUUGGUUGGGGGCGCUUGGCCCGGGAACUUACUACUCUUGAAGCUGUAUGUUGGAGAAAACUGACGGUCGGGGGAGCUGUGGAACCUUUACGUUGCAAUUUUAGUGCUUGUGCCGCAGGUAAUCGACUUGUAUUAUUUGGUGGGGAAGGAGUCAAUAUGCAACCAAUGGACGAUACCUUUGUUCUCAAUCUUGAUGCUGCAAAUCCUGAGUGGCGCAGAGUAAGCGUGAAAUCCUCCCCACCUGGACGUUGGGGCCACACUCUAUCUUGUUUGAAUGGUUCUUGGUUAGUUGUUUUUGGUGGAUGUGGUAGUCAAGGAUUGCUCAACGAUGUUUUUGUACUUGAUUUGGAUGCUCAGCAACCAACAUGGAAAGAAAUCUCUGGUGGAGCUCCUCCAUUGCCUAGAUCCUGGCAUAGCUCCUGUAUGAUCGAAGGUUCUAAACUGGUUGUUUCAGGUGGAUGUACAGAUGCCGGGGUCCUUCUCAGUGACACAUACUUGUUGGAUCUAACAAUAGACAAGCCAACCUGGAGAGAGAUUCCCACAUCCGGGACUCCCCCUUCUAGAUUGGGACAUUCUCUUUCAGUUUAUGGUCGAACAAAAAUUCUAAUGUUUGGUGGCCUUGCCAAGAGUGGACACUUACGCUUACGAUCAGGCGAGGCGUACACCAUAGAUCUAGAAGAGGAAGAACCGCGGUGGAGGCAACUUGAAUGCAGUGCAUUGACUGGCAUUGGUGGUCAGAGUGCCGUGGUUCCUCCACCAAGACUCGAUCACGUAGCAGUCAGCAUGCCCUGUGGAAGGAUUAUCAUUUUCGGAGGGUCCAUUGCCGGGUUACAUUCGCCUUCUCAACUAUUCCUUUUGGAUCCGGCUGAGGAGAAACCGUCAUGGAGGAUUCUCAACGUUCCUGGACAGCCACCUAAAUUUUCAUGGGGCCACAGUACUUGCGUGGUUGGAGGGACAAGAGUCUUGGUAUUGGGCGGCCACACUGGGGAAGAAUGGAUCCUCAAUGAAUUGCACGAACUCCGCUUAGCUAGCAAGCAAGAUUCAGAUCUUUGAUACUAUUUUUAUCAGCAGCAAACAACACUCCAAAGGAAAAGUUGCUCGAAUGGUUCGAGAUUCCUCAAAUUAUAGCUACUGUAAGAACAGAAAUUUCCCAGUACUUACCUACAUUAUGAUUUUGUUUGGUUUUUCUUCACUUUGGUUUGUGUUUAAAUUUUGGUCUUCUGUAUAUAUGUAUUUAUAUAUGAUAUAGGUCGUGUUUUUGUUACCUUUCUUUGUGGACAUGUCUUUUACUUCUAAAUGGCCAUAUGUUCACUUUGUAUUGGGAAGCACCUUUUAUGUACAUGUUUUCUCUUGAUUUGCAGAAGCA